AUGGAGGAUAAUCUAGCUUUGAAAAGGGGACAAUUGGAUUAUCUUAUGAAUCGAGAGGGUGAUAACUUAUCAGUAAGUUGGUGGAAGGGGGUCACGGAGGCUGCCGAGCGGAGCCGAGCAGUUCGCGGCCCCACGUGUACGCAGCAAGGCCACGUGGAGGGAUCAUCAGCUGACCCUCUGACGUCACCAAAACACGUGCCCCCGCGGGAGAGGCAGAUGUCGCGCCCCGGACAGCGCCGAAACAGAUUAACACCUAAUGUCGUUAUUUGGGCUCGCAGCGCUGGAUCGAUGGGACUCAAUUUUUCUCCAAUUCAAAGAGCUGUUGUAGCUCCCAUAACUGGAUUCCGAUGUAAUAAUCUCGACAGAGCGCUGAAGUUGCCCGGGGGGCAAGGCACAAAAGGCGCCUCUUUAUUAUUUAAAUUACGCAUAACGACAUAGCAUAUUCAUUGGAAAUGGUGCCAUAUUGCUCGGAAACGUUGAUAGGCUUCAGAGGGGGAACAUAUAUUUAAAAUUCAUAUAGAAACGACUAAGAUAUAUUGC